GCCUCCGGGCCCGGCCCCGCGCUGCUGCGGGAGGGUGUUUCAUUUCGGCUAGGCCCGCCGCGCCCGCGCCACCGGCCGGCCGGGGCAUGGGGCAGGCCGGGGGUACGGGCCGGAGCGGGCCGGGGCUGGCCGGGCCGGGGGAGGCCGCGGAUGGGCCCCGGGGGCUGCAGUCCGGGUCACCGCUCCGGGCCGGACCGGCGGCAUGCGGCAAGGGCGCCCCCUUGCUGGCGGGGCGGAGCGGGGGGGCAGCCCCCGCUCGCGUUGCCAUGGACGCCCUGGCGGUGCGUGACGCGGCAGCCGUCGCCGCGCGUAGUGAUGACGUAUUUCGGCCACGUCGCCCGAGUAGCCAACAUGGCGGCGGCGGAGGGCAGCAGUGCCGGGGGGCCGUUGUUUGCAGGUCUUGCAGAUGUGUCAAUAUCUGAAGAUAUUCCAGUGGAAGGGGAAAUUACUGUUCCUGUUGGAUCUCACUCUCCUGAUGAAGACUACUCCACACUGGAUGAGCCUGUUAGGGAUACUAUUAUGAGAGAUCUGAAGGCUGUUGGGAAAAAAUUUGUCCAUGUCAUGUAUCCGAAGAAGAGUAGUGCACUUCUCAGAGACUGGGAUCUUUGGGGCCCUUUGGUGCUUUGUGUCUCGCUUGCACUGAUGCUUCAGGGUGGAUCAGCAGAUAGUAAAGACGAUGGAGGACCCCAGUUUGCUGAAGUCUUUGUCAUAAUCUGGUUUGGUGCAGUUGUCAUCACACUAAACUCAAAGCUUCUUGGAGGAACUAUAUCCUUUUUUCAGAGCCUGUGUGUUCUGGGUUACUGUGUCCUGCCUCUGACAGUAGCAAUGCUGGUGUGCAGGCUGGUACUGCUGGCGGGUUCUGGGACUGUCAGCUUCAUUAUACGUCUUAUCGUAGUAGUAGCUAUGUUUGGUUGGUCAACGUUAGCAUCUACAGCUUUCCUGGCAGACAGUCAGCCUCCAAACCGCAAAGCUCUUGUUGUGUACCCCAUCUUCCUCUUCUACUUUGUUAUCAGCUGGAUGAUUCUCACCUUUACACCUCAGUGAUCUCCAAACAGAAGAGACUGUGUAACAUGGACUGGAGUUUUUUCGUGAAUGCUGCAGUUAAUCAUUGGCUUUAUCUCUUUCUAAUUUAUAUAGAGAGAUAUUGUACAAAGGCAGGUUAUGGGAUAAAGCCAGAGAACUGCAAAAAUUGGUUGUUUGUGUGUCCCUCUUCUUGAAAGAUACAAAGGGCCAGCUGCUGAGGGUUUUUUUAUUUAGCUGUGCUCUUUAGUUGUGUUAAAUAAAAAAUGCCCACUGUGACAGGGAUUAUUCCACCUGAGGAAUAGAGUGGGAGAUGGUGGAAUUUCAAGACAUUGAGUAGAUGAAGAUGAAGUUAUAGGAUCGCACGACUUGGCAGAAUUCUUGCUCGUGCUUGGAUUCUCACUGAAGAGGAACAUGCCUUAUGAAAUAAUAGAACUUCAUUGCUGUUCUGUGUUGGGUAGGAAAGGAAUGUUUUUAACUCCUUUUUCAUUCACUUACUGAGUGGUGAAAUGUAUAUAAAAUGCAUUGUAGGGCUGUGAGCUUUCACUCUGAAACUGGAUUUCAGCAAAAAAUAAGUUGGGUCCAUUUUGCAGUUACUUGGAGCUGGGUGGAAGGGAGCUGCCUUUGCUCAUAUUCAUGUAUUGUGUAUUUUUUUCAUCCCCCUUUGUACGUCAAGAAAGUGUUUCAGCCAAAUGCCUUCAACACCAUAGUUACACUAAUUUAUAUUUCUUGUAAGAGGGAGUGUGUUUGUGUUGGAUGGUUAGAAAUCUUUUUGUGUGACCAUAGAUUAGAGAGUUAAAAGUCCUAGAGAAACAGUCAAAACUGGUUUACAACAGGGACUUAGAUGUCAGUCUGCAUUUUGAGAAUGGGAAAUUGUCUGGAGAGUACCAAGUAAAGUGUGUGUGUGUAUGUAUAUAAUGUUUAAAAAAAAAAAAAUUGUUUGUGUGAAGUAAGUUAAGGUUUUGAUAGGUAGGUUGUUUGGUUGCUAAAUAUCACACCAGGACUUCUGCCCGAAAGGUUAAAAUUGGGUUGGAGGAAGAAAACUAAAAUGAUGAUGAAGGUGGUGGUUGCUGUGAAGUAGGAUAUGAAUUCCAGUCUUAACUGCUUGUAUGUGACUUUUCAUUUGGUUGUUUACAUGGACAGUGUUUCAACUUAAAUGUGUACAUAUUGUUUCUUUGUACUUAUAAUGAGAUGUGAGAAACUUUUCUAUAGGUUUUUGGGUUUUGUGGGUUUUUUUGGUCUUUUAUUAAUACUUUUUUAUAAAAAGGGGAGAGGCUUUCUUCUCUAGUUCUCUGUAGGUGCGCUUGUGUACCUUGCCUGGUGAACCAUAUACAGGUGUACAAGUGUGUCAUUUAUGUUUCGGCAUAGGGAUUGAUACUUGGAGAAUUGCUUUUUGAAAACUGUACAGAAAUUAUUUAUGUUGUUCAUUAUUCUCAUUAAGCAAUCUAAGGGGAGAGCUCUGAAGCAUCCAGGGGUGAAAAAGCUGCUGUUAAAAUGUCACUUUUCCUGAAAACAAGCACCAUAUUCUUUUUUCCUGCAGUCAUGCAGAUAGACCUGAAAUUGAUGUACAUGGGUCCUGCUGAGGUGUAAAUAUGCCUAAUAUAUAUUUAUAUAUCAGUGCAGUUUCUGUUAUAAACACUGUAAGUAUUUGAUAGUUGGGAUGAAAAUUUCUAUAAUAUGCAGAUUAAAAGUACACUUUUACAUUUCUGGGAGUGUGGAGAAAAGGGAAGGAAAAAUCAGUUGCUCUCGGCAGGCCUCCAGCUUCGCUGCAGAUCAGUCAUUACCAGCAGGACUGUGUGAAGCUGGUGGCUGUUCUUGCUGCCUUCCUUACACCUCUGUCCAUAACUGUUCCAAGUUGCUGCACAGGGAGCUUUGGUGUUUCCUAGACAUGGGUAUACAAUGGAAAUGGGGAAUUUUUUAACUUCCAUUAAACCAUUACUGGUAUGGAAUGUGUUUUUUUUUCUUUUCAGGUGCAGUUUUCCAUUAAUUUAAACAUUAGCUUUAUGAAGAUGAAAAGAAAUAUUGAAGGGAAGUGGAUAGUGAAGCUGUUGAUGGCUACAGUGGGAUUCUUUGAGCCAGAUCUUUCUUUCCUGCAAGAAUUUAACCAUACUUUUAGAGAAAUCCUUGGAAUUCUAUUUCUGUAGUGUCUUGUGGCUCAAGCUGAUAAUGUUAUUCCACUUAUCUAUCAAAUAAAUUUAAUUGAACCAGUAUGUUUUUGAAAAGACAUAAAAUUAAUUUCAAGAGGAAUUAAAAUCCAAGCUUUCUCCUUGAUUGUUUUUGACUUUGUCAGUCCCAUGAUGGUUUGUUUUUUCUGUAUCAUUGCUCUUGGCUUAUACAAGAGAGAAGAAAAUUAUUUUUAUAUUAACUAGAUUUACUGCUCAGCUGGUUACCAAGGUUUUUAGUUGAGGUGGUUUUCAUCUGAAAAAACAGAGCAGAAAUAUACUGGUUAUGUGGUGAAGGUGUGGUUGUUUGGUUUUGUUCGGCUUUUGACUCAUGGCAAUCCCUUAGUAUGGAAACCAUCAUCUACAGCUGUAAAAUCUUUAAGUGAGUUUGUAUCACUAAAUAUGUAACUUGCCAUAAGGUUUUAGCUGGCUAGAUGCAGGUAGGAAAUUAGAUUUUUCUGAGCUUUCAUGUGUCCAGUUGAAUGAGGUUACAUGUCUUGCAUAUGGUGGAUUUUUAAUCAUUGUUGCCAUUAAUAUCCUCAGCCAGGAAUUCGAGUUGCUGUAGCUCGUUGCCAGGUUCUCCUUUGCCUCUCUCAGCUUUCUGUCGUGUAAGAUCUGCCCGAUACCAAAUGCUUAAAAGCAUGCAGUAUAUCUUGCAAAAAUAAUUUCCCCACCGCAAUGUUAUAAUUGUUUCUGGAAGAUCUUCACUAAGAGUGGCUCGGCCUUUCAACUUGGAAGAUGAUAAUCUGUUGGAAAAGGUAACCUUUUUUUAUAAGUAGAAUAUAAUUGCUUAGAAAGGCAGAGAGCACAAGCAAUGAGCACCAGUGGAAGUGAGCAUUAGGCUUAUUGAUUGAUGAUUAACUGUUUAAUGUGACUUCAAAAAAUUAAGAAGCAAAAUCUGGAAUUUGUUUCUCAGCCAAACUGUGAUGUUCUGUAGAGCCACUGCUUUUAUUGAAUCCGCUUGCCCCUUAGCAAACUGGUGGUUCCCAAAGCAAACUAGAUAUGGGCACAUUACAGCACGAUUGAAAAAUUUCAGAUUUAGGCAAGAAAAAUACAUCAAGCUUAUUUGAUACUUGCAGACUGCCUAAAAUUAAUGUGGGUGACAGUCCUUUGAAACAAUGGUAUUACACGAGAGUGCUGAGCGUGCCUGUUCAUUGAAUGGUAGUUCAUCUUGUUCAGCUGGUUGUAUAGCACGUUCCUCCAAAAAUGCAUGCAGGUAAGUAAUCCUUGUAAACACAACAUAUUUUUAAUUUGUUCUGAAAAUGUAUGUGAUAAACUCAGUUGUCGUGCUUUCCAAGGGGAAAUGGCCUCUUCUUGUUUAAAGCCAGCUGAGGGAAGGAUAGCAAGGACAAAAGCAGAUGUCUUGCCUUUAAUGAAGUGUUUUAACUUUCCUGUAGAGAAAGCAGAUGAUUUUUCUGAUGCAUAAACCAGGCUUUCUUUCCUACUAAGAUUUUCUUAAUACUGUUUAUCAGCUGAAGUUGUAUGUGUUUAAAUCUGAAUUUACUUUUGAUCUAUUUAAUACCAAUGAAAAGGAAAUUUACUUGUUUUAACUUUGUAAAUUAAAACACACUGAAAGGCA